AUGGAGUGGGGCUCAGAGUCUUCGGCCGUGAGACGGCACCGCAUCGGAGGGGAGCGUCAAAAAGGCUCGGCGGCGCUGCAGUGCGAGAAGGAGGCCCCGGCGCCGGAGCCCCUGGCAGCCGCUGGGGGCGGCGGCAGCGCAAGGACGCGGAAGCGGAGCCCGGGCAGCGGCGAUGCGGGAAGCGGGCUGUCUGAGGCGCGCGCCGCACUGGGGCUCGCGCUCUACCUGCUGGCGCUGCGGGCGCUCGUGCAGCUUUCCCUGCAGCAGCUCGUACUGCGCGGGACCGCGGGGAGCCACGGCGAGUUCGACGCGCGCCACGCCAGGAAUUAUCUUGAACAUAUAACAUCCAUUGGUCCCAGGACAACAGGAAGUCCGGAGAAUGAAAUUUUGACAGUUCGCUAUCUUCUGGAGCAGAUUAAAGUAAUUGAAGAGCAAAGCAACCGUGUUCACAAGAUUACAGUGGAUAUACAACGGCCUACGGGCUCCUUCAGCAUCGAUUUCUUGGGAGGUUUCACAAGUUAUUAUGAUAACAUCACCAACGUUGUUGUGAAGCUAGAACCCAGAAGGGGAGCCCAGCAUGCCGUCCUGGCAAACUGUCAUUUUGACUCUGUGCCUAACUCACCAGGUGCCAGUGAUGAUGCAGUUAGCUGUUCAGUGAUGCUAGAAGUCCUCCGGGUCUUGUCGACGUCGCCAGAAGCCUUCCAUCAUGCCGUCAUCUUCCUCUUUAACGGUGCUGAGGAAAACGUCUUACAAGCCAGCCACGGCUUCAUUACUCAGCACCCCUGGGCCAGCUCGAUCCGUGCAUUUAUUAACCUGGAGGCUGCCGGGGUAGGAGGGAAAGAACUUGUGUUCCAAACAGGCCCUGAAAACCCUUGGUUGGUCCAGGCGUAUGUGUCAGCAGCCAAACACCCCUUUGCUUCUGUGGUGGCUCAGGAGGUGUUUCAGAGCGGCAUCAUUCCUUCCGAUACAGACUUCCGUAUCUUCAGGGACUUUGGGAACAUUCCAGGAAUUGACUUAGCUUUUAUCGAGAAUGGAUACAUUUAUCACACCAAGUAUGACACGGCAGACAGGAUACAGACAGAUUCCAUUCAGCGAGCAGGUGAUAACAUUUUAGCGGUUCUUAAAUACCUAGCUACGUCCGACAUGCUGGCCUCUUCCUCCAAGUACCAACAUGGAAACAUGGUCUUCUUCGAUGUCUUCGGCCUCUUCGUCAUUGCCUACCCCUCCCGUGUUGGCUCGAUAAUUAACUACAUGGUGGUCAUGGCUGCUGUACUCUACCUGGGCAAAAAAUUGCUGCAGCCCAGACGUAAGACGGCUCACUACACGAAGGACUUCGUCUGUGGGCUCGGCAUCACGCUGACAAGCUGGUUCACCAGCCUCAUCACCGUUCUCAUCCUAGCUGUACUCGUCUCUCUUACCGGACAGUCUCUCUCAUGGUACAGCCACUUCUAUGUGUCCGUUUGUCUCUAUGGAACUGCAGCUGCAGCCAAAAUCAUAUUUAUACACACCCUCGCAAAAAGAUUUUAUUACGUGAACUCCAGCAGUCAGUACCUGGGCGAACUGUACUUUGACAUCUCGCUGUCUGUGCACUGUGCUUCCCUGAUCAUGCUCACGAGCCAAGGCCUCUGCUUGGCGUUCAUCAGUGCUGUCUGGGUGGGCUUCCCACUACUCACGAAGCUCUUGGUUCACAAGCAUUUUCAGCAGCAUGGUGCUGGAGGAAAAUUCCUGGUGGUUUACCUUUUGGGGAUGUUUAUCCCUUACCUGUACACGUUAUAUCUCAUCUGGGCAGUGUUUGAGAUGUUCACCCCCAUCCUCGGAAGGAGUGGCUCGCAAAUCCCACCUGACGUGGUGCUGGCUUCCAUUCUGGCCGGGUGUAUAAUGGUCCUCUCUUCCUUUUUUAUUAACUUCAUCUACCUUGUCAAAAGCACAAAAAGGACCAUGGUGACUUUGACUUUGGUGUGUGCGGUGACCUUCCUGCUGGUUUGCAAGGGAACAUUUUUCCCUUACAGCUCCGAUCCUGCUAGUCCAAAGCCAAAGAGGGUGUUCCUGCAGCAUGUGACUAGAACGUUUCAUGGCUUGGAUGGAAAUGUGGCCAAACGGGACUCUGGCAUAUGGAUCAAUGGAUUUGAUUACACUGGAAUGUCUCACAUAACUCCACACGUGCCUGAGAUCAACGACACCAUCCAAGCUUACUGCGAGGAGACAGCGCCCCUGUGUGGUUUCCCGUGGUACCUCCCCGUGCACUUUCUCAUCAAGACCAACUGGUACCUUCCUGCUUCGGAAGUUUCUCCGCGAGCCCGGCCUCAGCUCAGACUCACGUCCAAGGAGCAGACCCCCUGGGAUGCUAUAAGGUUGACCUUUGAAGCAACAGGACCAAGCCACAUAUCGCUCUACAUCCGAACCCACAAAGGGUCGACGCUCACCCAGUGGUCUUUCGGCAACGGUACCCCAGUUACGAGCAAAGGCGGUGACUACUUUGUGUUUUACUCGCAUGGACUCCAGGCCUCCGCGUGGCGGUUCUGGAUCGAAGUACAGGUUGCAGAAGAGCAGCCAGAAGGUCUGGUCACCAUGGCCCUGGCUGCCCACUAUUUCUCUGGGGAAGACAAGCGUUCGCCCCAGCUGGAUGCACUGAAGGACAAGUUCCCCAACUGGACAUUUCCCUCUGCUUGGGUGUGCACCUACGACCUCUUUGUGUUUUAA